AUAUUAUGUCAUCCUUUCUCGUUCAAUUUUCCGUUCCGCGCAAUCCCCAGGGCCUGGCUUCCCAAAAUGCGCAAUUGACCACGGUUCGCUCCAUCUGCAGGAGACGACAAAGUGAUCGACCUCACUCCUUCCUCAUUGCCAAGGGAUCUCGCCCCCGCGGCAAUCUGACUCCUGGAGGCAUUUAUUUCUCACGCGAAUUCCUUGGCGUUGCGUAGCCGAUCGACAACCCUGGUGCUGGACGGAUAAUCGCUGCUUGUACCACUGGGAGUUGAUUGCCUCCAAAGAUGCUCCUUUAGUCUCCUCUCGCCAUCUUCUCCGUUUCCCCAUCCACCUCCAACGCAUCGUUGGGCACAAUGUUGCUGAACCUCGGGGGAGGUUCUAAUCCCUCCAGUACUUCUUGCCUUCUGAAGAAGAAAUUGCGUUUUAUCGCCUUCGCAUUCGCCGUCACUACCUGCCUCACCUUUAUCCUCUGGCCCCGAUCAGAAGUCGUCGAGACAGUACAACAGGACCUGACGUUCAACAUCACCGUUUCUUCCGAUGUCAUGUGCGAUGGCUUAGAUUUCGGUUUGCUUCAUCGUCUGGAGGUCAACAAACUGGCCAGUUUUACCCAACGGGAGAUAAUUGCCGUUCAGUCGGACUCUGGAAGCCAGUCCGCAAAGAUACAGCGUCUCGACAUCCCAUUACUAAACGCGAACUCGAAAGCGUCAAACUGGACACAACCGCAGGAACGCUGCUUUAAUUCCGUCCCGGUUGUGGUGCAGGUGCCGGUUGCCCCCAAACGCGCUGAUGCGUCGCAUAUCGACUUCGGCGUAGCGACAACAAUGUCACGGUUGAAUGAGUCUCUGGAUGCUUUCUCCCAUUGGGCAGGGUACACGAAUACACGGAUUUUUGCCCUUGUUGAACCAGGCGAGGGGAAGACUGAAGUGCAAGCCAAAGCGGAGGAAUUGGGCAUCAGCCUGUAUAUGACGAUAUCAGGUGAGGAGUACAAUCAUCGAUAUUUCUCGCUGGUUAGCCAUCUUGCCGACAACGCACGAGAGACUACGCGGUGGUCAUGCAUCAUCGACGAUGACACAUUCUUCCCGUCCAUGUCAGCUUUGGUAGACGCGCUGCAUCAGUACGAUGACUCCAAACCUGUCUAUCUCGGAAGUGUGUCGGAGAGUAUCAGGCAAGUCGGCUCAUUUGGUAUCAUGGCCUUUGGUGGUGCUGGCGUCUUUCUGUCCCGACCACUUCUGGACCAGCUCAAACCGGUGCACCGAUCCUGCCAGUCCAUGGACAUCACUGGUGAUCGCAAAAUUUCAUACUGCAUCUACAAGCACACGGAUACCAAGUUAACCGUGGAGCAUCGUCUUCGUCAACUAGAUAUUGGUGGGGAUGCAUCUGGUUUCUUUGAAGCCGCCCGUGAACCGCCACUCUCGGUACACCACUGGAAGUCCUGGUUCGACGUUGACAUGACGAAGCUCAGCGCCGUAUCCGAGAUUUGUGGAGAUUCAUGCAUCCUAAGUAAGUGGUAUUUUAGUGAUAAGUGGAUCUUGACGAAUGGAUUCUCCAUCAUCCAUUACAGCACCGAUGUUGAUCUGGAAGACAACACCAUGGAGCAUACAUGGGGCGGGAAUUAUGAGACGUUUCUCCAUGAACUUGGUCCUCUGCGGUCCAAGGAUAAGAAAAAAUUUAGUUAUCAGUUACAAGAUGCCAUUGUCGAGGCUGGUCGGGUACGACAGUGGUAUAUUCAUCGAGAUUCGUACAAGGGGGAUCGUGUUAUCGAACUGGUAUGGCGACGGGGAUAAACCGGGGUUACUGGAGUUAUCUUCAUGGUCUUCAAUUAUGACUCUUCUCUUGUAUUCUUUAAUGUAGAUAUCUUUUUUCUUUAAUGACUUGCUUCUGAUAGUUUGUGGAGCCGAUUAGGCUACGAUAGUUGCUUUACGAUAUUCUGGCGAAAAGGACGAUUAAUUCUAUGUAUCCUUUGCUGAUGGGUAAACAGGCUGCUCUGGAUGCCAUGUUCAUUUCCCUAUCCCCUUGUCCUCUUUAUGUACAAUGAGACAAGGGAUUCUUUAUCUGUAUAUCAUGUUCCCCGUUCCUAAGGACAAAAUAAAAAAUGAACACAUCUCAAUGUCAAUGGGAGCUCUGAAACAAAA